AGGUCGCUGUGUUCCUCGAUAACCUGGUGCACACCGUGGAGCACUUUCACAUCGGUCAGUUGGCUUCGCGAUGGCCAAGAAAAUACGUGUUGCGCGUGGAUCCGUGUGUCUCGUGUGCUAAGUUGUACAUCGCGAAUUUAAAUGAUAUCAAGUUGAUUUGAACAGUAUGAUGGUUGCAAUGACCGCAAUGCUCGUGUCUGUCGCAGAACUGUCAAAUAUUUUUUCGGUGUUGGCGGUUUUAAUAUGUUUCUGUGCAAUGGUUUUAUUUAUAAUGAGGAACAUGAUGGUGUUCCGACUGCACGGCGAGGAGCUGAUAUUCGGUAGCUCUGUGCAUCAGGUGCAGCACCAGAUUCCACAGAUGAAGAUGAUGAAGGUGCACAUCCCCUUCACCUUCAAGCUCACCGACGCCUCAAAGUCCUCAUAUUCUGAUUUGCAGUGUCUGCAAUUGUACCUGGCAACAGGGAAUCCUUUAAGUUACGAGGAUGAGCCAACAGCACCUCUUGUUUGCCCUCAAGAGGAAGAGGAGCGAUCUGUCUGGACUACAGCAGGAGAACAGCUGUGUGUUGUGUGUCAGUACUUCCCACUGUCUCGAGCUCUUCUACCGUGUCGCCACACCUGCAUUUGUGCAUCGUGCUUCAGCAAGUUGGACCGGUGUCCCAUGUGCCGCAGCCCCAUCCGCAGCUACUUCUGCAUCAGAGGGGAAGACUACAUGCCGUCCGAGCCCUGUGCUCCUGCCACUAAGCCCCCUCCAAUGCUUCAGUGGCUGCAGGACCUCAACGACAGGCUCACGGACUUGCUUGGCUUCCAGAGAUGAAAGAUCAGUGCAAACAAUUUUUUUGCUGACAGAAGAACAUUGGCGGUUGUUUAACUUUCAAAACUGAUGGUGGAGUGAAUACAUGCAAUAUGUAAAUUUAUUGACUCAUUAUCACGGAGGUUUUGAGAAAUAAAGACAGUUGGACACAAUACAUUUUAUAAUUUGGAAUUGGUGUAUGCUAACUGAUGAAAUGCUAAGACCACCAGAAUUAUUUUUGAUAAUGAAAUUUCAUAGCACCUGUUAUGGUGGGUAGCAGUUGUAUGAGAGUAGAAAAACAGUAUCUGUAGACUGAAAACUGUGUUUUUCUAUCAUCACAAUUAUUGUUUUAUAUAGGUCAAUACCACACAGGUAUAAGUCAUAAAUUACUCAGGGCUGACAAAUGUGGACUCUUUUGAAGUCAGUUCUUUGUAGUAAAGAAUACUUGGUAAGUGAUAGGAUGGGAAACUAAUUAAAAUCUGGUAAUUAAAAUGACACUUUAAUAGAUUCAACUUGUACUUUCUUCAAAAUAUACAUCACAAAUUAUUCUAAGUGCUUUGAUGUAGGUCAGCCCUUUCAAACAAACAAUUUUAUCUGAGAUUAAAAAAGAAUCUUGUAAUUAAAUUGCAUUUUUCCUCUCUUGUAAAUGAACUUUCUAAUACUUGUAGUACUUUAUAAAUGUAACCUUAAAAAAUAAUCUCAAAUGCACAAAGACUAUUGUUUGGUGAGCAUAUGUUUGCUUUAAUUUGUAUGCUCCCGUUUUGACUUAUUAUUAGAAUAUGGGAUGAUAAUUUACUUCCAAGACACCUUGUAGAAUAGUAGAAUAUUAAUAGUGCUUUUUAUCUAUCAAUUUUGUUACAUUUAAGCAAAUUUGAUGCUAUAUUUUCAAUCUUAACCUUGAGUUACUCUAUUUUAAUGCAUAAUGAGUCUUUGGCACUGUCGCCAGUUGUAGUGAAUGCAUUAUGACUAGAGCAGUAUUUUAAGUGUGUGUUGAUUCUGUGAAAAACAAAAGUUUCUUUCCCACUUGUUUCUUUCCUUUCUGUUUUCUUUUUCCUUUUAUUUUUCUUCUCCAACUAUGUGACAGGUAAUGAGAACUGAGCUUUUGAAUGUUUUGUAAGGCUCUAAUUGAUGGUACAUUUAAGAUUAAUUAGAAAAGGCAAAUCUUCAUAGUUCCAAUAAAUUCUUUGCUGUUAACAUGUGUAUAGUCUGUGAUAAAAAUAGAUUUUUGUAAAAAAAAUAUUUAUUUGAAAAAUAUACGUUUAGAAACUAAUAAAAGCAUAAUUCAAUUUAUUACAUACCUGCAAUCCUUCAUGUGUGUGUUUUUGUACCAGUUACACUGCUAUAUA